GUGCUGGUGUCACAAGAACAGAGAGCGCACACGAAGCGAACAUCCAACGGGCCCAACUCUGCUCCUGCUUUCCGGUCCGAGUGGAAGCUGCACACUGACAGCAAUUGUGGACACUUAGUCUGACUUAUUUUUCUUUUAGGGGAAGACACAAGUAUGGUCGCCCAGUUUACUCCGCUUGGAAAUCUGUGAGCGUGUCAUCCUUUCGCUCCUCCGGUCGAACAGCUCCUCUUGGCAAAAUGGGAAGGACUAACGAGAUGAAUAUGAUUUUAAUAACAAUACUGUUUGGACUGGCGGGUGCCUCGGCCAAGGAAGAGGAGUGCUUGUCGGUGCAGUACACCACUGACGGAAAGUGUUGCAAACAGUGUCCGCCCGGCGAGGGUGUCGUCAAGCCGUGCGGAGUCACGCAGACCGUGUGCGCGCCCUGCCUGGACAGCGAAACAUUCUCCGAAAACUUCAGCCACACAGAGCGAUGCCAGCCCUGCACAAAAUGCACGGGCCUCUUCCGCAUGGAGACGCCGUGCACGGACGCCAACGACGCCACCUGCGUGUGCAACUACGGCUUCUACCUGAACGACCUGUCGCAGAGGUGCGAGCCGUGCACCAAGUGCCCCGUGGGCCAGGGCAUGCUGUUCAGCUGCGAGCCGGACCACGACACCAUGUGCGAGGAGUGCGACAGGGACACGUACUCGGACCAGGAGAGCUCGCGGGACCCCUGCAUCCCCUGCACCUCCUGCGACGAGGGCGAGGAGCUGCAGCUGCAGGCCUGCACCGCUGUCACCGAUACAGUUUGUCAAGUGCAGUACCCCUCCGUGUCGCCAACGCCCUUCACCGCCAUCUCCAUGCCCACCUAUGACGACUUCCCCAUAGACGGCCCCCCGUCGGACGGCCCGACAGACGGCAGCGCCGUCGCCACCACCCCUGAGGGCGACUCCCACGAGCGCAUCUACCAGAGCCUGAACGACAAGCUCAUCCCCGUCUCCUGCUCCAUUCUGGCGGCCGCCGUGGUCGGACUCGUGGCCUUCGUCAUCUUCAAGAAGUGGAACAGCUGCAAGCAGAACAAGCAGCAGGCCAACAACGGCACGUCCAACCAGAACCAGACGCCGUCGCCCGAGGGCGAGAAGCUGCACAGCGACAGCGGCAUCUCGGUGGACAGUCAGAGUCUGCAGGAGCAGCUGGGCCAGACCCAAACGCAUACAGUGGUCACAAUGGACGAGGACCCCUGCCUGCUGCUGCCUCUGCACACCCGAGACAAGGUGGAGCAGCUGUUGUUCAACGGCGGCGAAGGGGACGACUCCAACAUGGAGGACGACUGGUGCAACUUGGCGGGCCUGCUGGGCUACGAGGAGGCGCGCAUCGCCGCCUUCCGCCAGGACGAGCACCCGGUGCGCGCGCUCCUGUCCGACUGGGCCAGCAAGGACUGCGCCAGCGUGGGCGCGCUGUGCACGGCGCUGCGCAAGAUCAACCGCAACGACAUCGCCCAGAGUUUGGCUCUCAGUCCCAGCGUCCCAAAGCCCAACGCCACCUCGGUGGUAUAGCGCAAGAACACGUUUGUUUUCUUUGUCUGAACAUGGAAGGAAAUUAGCUUUACCAAUAUCCCUCUGCAAUCAUUCCAACGUGGAUAGAAGCCUGUUUUCCCGCACUGAAGAUGAAUGCAACUUUUACUCUUGGCUCGCAAGCACUCUGUGUUACGAAUAGCCGUAAUAGUUGUACCAAAGAGGUGUUAAAAGACUCCAGCCCAUAGCUAAUAAGCACCAUUAUUUACAUUUGAGCCUCUUCUUUUUAGCAUUGAAAAAUGGCUGCGUACCGGAUGAGGCCUCCUUUCGACCAGGGGUCUGGAUCCUGGCAAGCGUGACACGCUGACCGGAGGAUGUCUGGAGUCUUUCAAAAUGGACCUCUGCACUGAGGAAUAGCCCACCCACUCCAGGACAUUGACCAUAGACGUUGACGGUCGUUGAACUCUUAGUCAUCGUGAAUAAUGUAGACCAGUCCACACACCCGCUCACAAUAUGUAACCAUGCAUGGAUUUAGGAUGUAGACGUUCAUGUACAUUUCAAGACACAUGACCUCCUGACAUAUGUAUACGAGAGGGUAUAUCGUAUUUCCACAAAUAGUGGUUCUCAAACUUUUUACACCAAACACGUCCUAAAAAAAUUCACUUUUACUUAAAAAUAAGAUACACUAGUGCAGUAGACGUUUUAUCAAAAAUAAGACAGAGGUUUUAUUCCUAAAAAGUACAUUUGAUAUUAUUGUAAGCCACUGUAACAUCAGGGGCAAAAUACUUAAGUAAUUCAAUUCAUAUGUAUUGCACAUAAAGGUUAAAUAAAAUUGAAGUUUAAAAACAAACAGUUCUUAGCAAGUAAAUGCAAAUGUACUAAAACGUUAAAUACAACUCAACUGUGGUUAGUCAGUGAUUCUUUCAUGUAGCACUAGAGGGAUGCUUGCCUUUAGUGGUACUAGUACACUACCAAACUUUGAGAAUCACUGAAAUAUACAGCCCAACAUUUUUUUACACCGUGGCCAAAUUUAAAAAGUAAAUUAGUAUAUUUUGGCUGGAAAUGUCUGAAUGUGGCAAAAGACUACAAGAGGUUGAUAAAAUUUGAUUUCAACCUCUUAAAAAAUGAUUCAAUUGUUUUGCUCAUAAAAGUUCUUAGUAUACUUAAAUAUUAAUGGAAUUGUAUGAACAUAAAAGUUUCAUUUAACUGAACUGUACUUAGAAAAUGACUAAAAUUAUUAUUCUAAUUUGUACAAAUAAAGGCCUCCCUAGUAAUCAGUAAAUAAACACCCCCAGCCACUAUUUGAGGACAUACAGUAUAAUCUCAUGUAUAUAUAUAUAUAUAUAUAUAUAUAUAUAUAUAUACAUACAUACACACACAUACAUACAGUAUAUGUGUGUGUGGAGUCUAUACUGCAAAAUCUGCAUAUUAGUAGCCAAUAUAAAGCAGCUGUGCGUCCACAAACCAUAUGCUGUACACGACUGCGCUACAGUACAUAAACCCGCACGCGGACAGUAUAGCAAGCUGCAAAACCAGAAAACAAAUGCACAGGUGAUCAGGAUACAAAACCAAAUGGGAGGUUUGACUCUCUAUCCUCUCCGCGUCCUUUCUCAGGGUAUCGCCAGCCUCCGACAAACACAACAAUCAUGGCGGUGGAUUUCCUUGUUAUUUAAUUACGCUGCCCAGAGAGGAAACCAAGCACCUAUUUUUAAAAAAAAUGUACUUAUCUUGUUUCUUUUUUUUUUUUUUAAACUGUGCGCUUAGGGAGGAGGGUAUAUUUGAAGGAGCUAAUGUUAUUGUUACUAAAAUGAAGGUAUUCCCACUCUACUAUGUGAGAGUUCUUUUAAUAUUGUUCUUUUGAUUGUAGCACUUAAAUGUGUAAUUAAUUACAUUUGUCUGUUUUACAUCGCAAGUGCCUGACAACUAUUUCAGGGCUUAUUGAUGUUGUACAGUUCAGUUUUGACAUGUUUUUGUCACAAUUUUGUGACUGUAAAUAGACCAAUUGUCUUUAUUUUCGUUUUUUUUUUUUUUUUUUUUUUUUUUAAGGAAACGUAUUAGAACCAAUUCAAAUACUAAUAUUGGAAAGCAACAUUGCAUGCAUGUUGCGUGUAAUAAUAAGCCUCCGUGUCCCUGGGACGCCGGACGGAUGCGUUACUAUAACUUUUAAGCGUAUCCUACAUUUGGAAACUGUGACCGGACAAUUUUCUCUGGAGAGUAUUUGUUUAAAACAAAAGGUUUGACUUGUACAGUAGUGAAGGUAAAUACGUGAUGAUUUUUGCACUUGAGCGUAGCGUCAUAGUGAUUACGCAAAACGAGGGGAGCUCUUGAUGUGGCUGAAAUGUACAGCUCUGAUCAUUACUGAAUGUUCCUUAUACACUAACACGUCAUAUUGUAUUAUACUUCAUGUGAAUUUGAGAGCUACUUCUUCUACAGUAAUAAAGGUCAUGAAUCUGUUUCAAUUAUUCAUUAACUCCCACCUAACGUGACAAUAUGUAAUCAUAUGCUCUUACAAUAAAAGCUCCAAAAUC